AUCAUUGUCUCGAUAUUCAGAUCCAGAAAGUUCUGUUCAAAUUCAUCCGUUCUUCAACAUGAAACAAAGAGUAAAAUUUUUGGUUUUAUUGACAAUUGCAACCCUAUUGCGCUUCGCAAUUUUCGCCCCUACUGUGGUGGGCGUUAAGCGUAAAAGACUUAAAUCCUGCUUGGACAACUGCCAAGUAAGAACUGCCAGCUAUCCAACAUACUGUAUUCAGGAUUGUAAGAACGCUUGCGUUGAAGGUUGCUACGGUGAGUUGAGUUUCAAGUCUUUACCUAACAGGGAACCUAUUGACCUAAAUCGGUCUCCUCCCAGCUCUCCCAUUUCUACAUGGUCCAGAUCCAUGUCUUCCCCUGCUAGGUAUUCUCCUGUCAUGUAUCCUCCUGCCACGCAUCCUCCUGCCCAGUAUCGUUCUGCCAGGUUUCCUUCAGAAAAAUAUUCUCCUGCUAAAUAUCUUGCUGCAAAAUAUCGUCCUGCCUACUAUCCUUCUACCAAGCAUCGUCCUGCCAAGGAUCCUCCUGUCAGGGUUAUUGUUCCACCUGCUAGGCUGCCUUCUAAUGACGGAAAUGGACACGAUCUUGCAGAAAUAGAAUUUAUUCGCCUUACCUCCAAUAAGAAUCAGCAAAGGAUAUUCAAAUUUGGCAGAUUCACUUUUCCUAACAAUACGUCAGUUAAAUUAAGAACACAAUCAAAUAAGCUUGAACCUGUACCAUGCGAUGAACAAAUUGUUAUAUUUACAUCCGAUGGUGAUGUUUUUGCAAUAUUAGAGACUACUAAGAGUUUGGCUGGAUUGUAUAUGUAUCAUAAAGGCACAAGACCCCGUGCAAAAAUAAACAUGAUAUCUAAAUUGGUUUACCCAUUGACCUCAAAAGAAACCAAGGAAAUUCCAGUGGGUAGCCUACGAAAAAUUAUGCUAGAUUAUCGAAUAUACCUUGAAAAACCCGCGUAA